AUGACGAAGCACUUCGAGCAACGCAAGGUGGUUCACGAACAGGUCUUGAACAUGGUCCGCAGCAAGCUCAACGAGUCGCCCUUCAGGGAUGGCGAAACGGGCGGGCCGUACUCUGCUCGCGACAUCGGUCGCCUGAAGGCGCUUGACAAUGCGGUGCGGGGUCUUGGCGACAUCGACAUCGACGGCAGGAGGGUCGACGUGACCCUGGACAUCUACGACUGCGCCUUCGCGGCCCUCCCCGAGAAAACCGCGGCCGCUCUCAAGUCCAGCAAGGGCGACAGCAGCCUGGCCCUGGAGCUCGUGCGGCGUAACCUGACUGAGUUCAACGCCAUGGCCCGCGCCCUCUACAACUCGACCGACGAACAGCGCCUCGCGGACAACGGCCUUCGGAACCUCCAUGACGCCCUCUCCCCCAUCGUGGAGAUGCACGGCGCGCUGCUGAGCGCAGGCAUCGACGGGAGCGAGAGGGAGUGGGCCACCGUGCUCACGAAGAACAUCGCCAACCUCCGCAGGCUGAGGUCCAGCCCGUGGCACGAGGUGGCGUUGCUCUUGAAACUGGUUGUGGUUGGAGUGGGCGGCGACGACGGCGACGACACGGAGGGCGGUGACAACGUCGACACCUUCGACGGAUCGCCCCUGUGGGAGAACCCCCCUUCUCGGGCGGAAGUCAGGAUUAUCGAGGAGCUGUACGCGGUUGGCGACGGGGCACCUCCCAUCCGCCGGCAGGUGCUGGGCGCUCGUCUAGGCCUGGACGUCGCCGACCAGCUCGAGGAGAUGGGGAUCUACGACGCCAGCUCCAUGAGCCUCGAGGACACGCGCGAGCUGAUCGAGCUGGCCACGGAACAGCUGGAGAGCGAGGAAAAGGAGGCGGCGGCGAAGGACGGCAGGGCAGGCGCGAAGGAGGAACCCGACGUUGGCUACACGUCACGCGCUCUUCCCGCCGUCGCCGCCGUGGUAUCCAAGGUCGCCCCUGCCAUCUUGAAGGGCGCGCCAAAGCUCGCGAGCCUCAGCAAGCUUACCAAGCUCGGCGGAAAGAGUGGGAUCAAGAACAUGGGCAACAAACUAAACGCAAUGGUUUCCAACGGAGGUGGAGGUGGUGGCGGCGGCGGCGGCGGCGGCGGCGUCUCCGGAGCCCUGGACAACGCCAGCGGCGUCAUCGACUCGGGCAACAAAGUUCUCUCCGGGCUCGUGACCGGGAUCGAGACGGUCGGGAAGAUCAGCAGCCUCCUAACCCCCGACGUCGAGAAAGCAGUUGAGUCCAUCCAGCUCGAGCAAGCCCGCGCACAGGCUAGGAUCGACAGCGCCCGCGAGGACCUCGAGAGAGUUAGCCUCGAAGGAACCAACGAGGAGGCGCUUGAGGAGGUGCGGACGGCCCUCGACAAGGCGAUCGCUGCGGUGUCUCCCACAGACGGGUUCCUGGCCCCGAUCGCCCCUGGCAGCGCCGAGUCACUGCAAGCUGCUCUCCAGGGCCAGAGGCUCACCCUCGGUGAAGACAACUUCGGCACCGGGUCUUACGCCUCAAACGAAGAGCUGGUCGCCAAGGCAUCCGGGGGCGCUGCGUUGUACGGGAUGAAUUUCUUCCCCACGACGGACGACAUUGUGUCCAAGCCCUACACUCCCAUCCUAGCCGCCCCUUCGUACGUGGAAAUGACGGGCGCGGUCUCCGACUUCACCGCACGCGUGUGGCAGACGACGAGCAUGUCUAAGGUGUCCGCGUUCCACAACAUUUCCGAGACUUCCGGGGACAGCAUGGCCACAAAGAUCGCCACCUCCGAGGGCAGCAGCCGCAGCAACGCCACCUGGUUCACCGGAAAGACCAAGGGGUCGGGCAACGCGACAAGCGGCGAAACCACAGAGGCGAGCGAGGAGGAAAAGUCCCUGCAGCGGGCCAACUCGCAGACGACGUCUUCCGCUACGGUGAUCGAAUACAUCCGGUGCCCCAUGAAGUCGUUCCGCAUCCCGAUGGCAAGGAUGGUCCUGUCCGAGGACGCGUUCAAGACAGCCCUGGAGGUGGACAGCAUCCGCGAUGCCAACGAGUUCCUGGACGCGUUCGGGUCCCACGUUUCCAACGGGCGUCAAGAGCUCGGAGGCAUCUUCUACAGCACCCUCACCAUGACGUCCAGCGAAGCGACGAAAUCUUCCAUCCUGCUUGAGGCGGCAAGUGAGACCCUGAGUGAAGUUGAGGCUACCUCGGAAAGCAAGCAGAGUGGCGGAUCAGGCGGGUUCUUCGGGUUUAAGAAGAAGAAGGCCUCGUCGCUCAGCAGCGCGAACAGCGUCGGUAGCAAGCAAAUCAAGACGACCGCCGAAGGCGAGGGUGGUAAAGAACAGACGCUCAACACUCGCUAUUCGCAGUACGUCAGGUGCACCGGGCCGAGGGCCCCGACCCCCGAAACAUUCGCCGACGCCCUCUUCAACGACAACUCCUCGUGGGCGGUGACGGACAGGGGCGGCAUCGAAGCGCUCGUGCCCGUCACGCGUGUGCUCGAAAACACGAUCGAUGUCUUGGAUGAUGAGGAUCCCGACAAGCCCUCGCUGCAGUCAUCGGUGAACCUAAUCACGGCCGCGUGGCGCAUUCGGGCGAAACGUUGGGGUGACGUUCUCCUCGACGAGACCAACCCCAACAACGCGACGGUGCCGACCGCCAUUCUCGACCUACUCCGAACCGCCUACCCCAUCGCCCAAGGAGUGGUGCAAGACCUCGUCGAUGCCGUGUACAACGUUCUGGAAUUCAGGAAGGACGACAAGGACGACGGCGUCUGGAGCAAGCUUUCGUACUACUACCCCUCAAACAACCAAACCGGCACUCCCUCGCCGCAGCCUGUGGCGUACGACGUCGGGGUCAACGUCGCGAGGGUCAUCCGCAAAGCGGCGGACACCGCGACCACCGGAGGCAGUGGCGCCGACGCGCUGCUGCACUUCAUGGACGCGGAUGAUGUCGGGGUCUACAUCGAGGCGGAGAUGAGGCGGAGAGCCAAGAAGAACAAGGCGGACUACUUCGCAGCGAGGCCCGGGGAGGACUACGACGACGAAGAAGAAGCUGCUGUGGUCCUGGAGCAGCGCAAGCGCACGUGGGACAAGUUGGGUCCGCUCGCUCGCCUCGGCAGGAUGUACGUGGACGCCAACGCGGACGACAAGGCGUACUGGGACACCCUGAAGCUUUGGGAGCAGAGCUGGAUCACGAAAGACGACAAGCUUUCGAGAGAUGAGCAGGUCGACCAAGACAAGAGGUGGACACAAGAGGACUACGAGGUGUUCCAGAGGGAGUACUUCAGGGCCCCGAAUCCGGCAGGGUUCCUGUCAGAGCUGGAGAGCGACCUGGUGUUGCAGGCGCACAUCGGCAUCAACGUCCGCGUUGUCGCCACCGAUGGUGGAGACAACGAUGCGCUGCGUGAGGCGGUGACCGAUGCCGCUCUCGCCAUGACCAACGAGGACUGGAUCAUCUUCCGCAAGAUCUGGUUCAGCCAGAACAACCCCGAAGAGACGAACAGGGUCGUCGAGAUCAUUGAGGACCACAUUGGCAACAUGCAGGGGAUCUUCAAGAUUCCCAAGGACCUUAAGGAUGCCACGACCACGCUGCACGAUGCGCAGCGUGCCUUCGGCUUCGCCAGCCAGGCCAGCAACUUGAACGGCAGCGAGAAGAGGAGGCUCGAGGAACGAUCGGUUCAGGUCCAAAACAGCUUGGCUGGACUAGGGGCGAUAGAAGCGGAAAUCGCAACGCGCCAAGUGUCCCUGGGCAGUCUUCGCCGGGAAGCGGCCAAGCUCGAUCAAGACCGCGAGGAAGUCCAGCGCAAAAUCGCCAAGAUCGUGCCCGCAACGGCCGACGCCGAGCUCACCGAGGACCAGAAGGCGGAGAUUGCGGUGCUUCGACUUGAAGAGGGCAAUAUCGUGAAAGCACGCAACGAAGUCCAGCGCAAGAUAGUCGGGCUUACGGGACUUAUUUCUGAGCUCUCCGCGGAAGUCGCCGCAGACAGAAACGCGCUUCAGCAAGAAGCAGCCGCGCUUGAAGCAAACAUCAGCGAGCUUUCCAUCAAAGGUACCGCCUAUGCAGAGCAGAAGGCCCUCGCUGCCAUUGCUCUACAAGACGCCGAAAAUGUCGCCGCAGGUCGCAAGCAUGCACAAGAGCAGGCGCAGAAGGACAAGGUUCAGGAGUACUACACGCAGGACACCCGCUUUGGCAACCAGAGGGCUUCGAAGUAAUUUCCUGCCGAACCAUGACUCUCAGUUCGUCGUCAGGGCUUGUGGCGUGACCAACCUUCGCGGCGCUGUCGGCAAUUGUUUAUGCAAAAUGUCGGUAAAAAAGUAAGAGUCGCAAGACAGACCAAGUAUUCAAUGCGUGUUCGUAAGGGACAUAAGGAUGCCCAGGAAUAGCCGGGGGGAGGUGUGUUUCGCUUGACUGCUUGCUUCGGGUGUCCUCGACCUCGCAGCAAAUUUGAAAGAAUGAACCUCCUAUCAGCCUACUCAAGUCACUUCCAGUAGUGAGCGUGAUCUUAGGGUGCAUUCACCAAGUACCGCAGCAUGUUGUCUGAUUUUCGAGUUGAUUUCGGCUGAUUGGCAGGCAGGACAGCAACCUCAUCUGUGUUCGAUGUCGGUCGCAAUAUUCCAUGUGUAGGGUCGUUUUCCGUUGGCAUGAAAUCGCUGUGGUUGGAUGCUUGGGCACAUAGACUAGACUUGCUUCAUGUAUAGUGUCAUAUGUAGCAUAAACUGGGUAUUUCAAAUAUCAACCGGCUCAACGGCGUGCGAUUUCCGAAACAUGAAGAACAACGCAGAGGCGCACGUGGCUCGCGAGUUUCGUUGUCGUUGUCGUUGUCGUUGUAUCUGGUAAGAUGUAGACUAAGGGUGUAUAUGUCGGAGACUCGGUGAAGGGAGACUUUGUUUUCAUGUAUCAACGCUUGCCCGUUAGCUCUAGAAUGCCCGCCACCACGGUGCAAAUCUGCAGCGAGUACGAUCUUGGGGGGCUGCAUUGAUUGGCGCGGUCCACUCCCGAAUGAGUGUAUGCUGUCGAUUUGGUAGUCGAUUCGGCUGAAGCGUCAUGAUUGACCGAUCACUCUAUGCAUAUCUUUCUCUGUUGGGCAUGGGUCGCAAUGACAUGUUUUUAUGGAUGGGGAGUCGUUUCCGUUGACAGUAAAUCGCUGCUGUUGUUGUGCGCAUUCGUCUAUAGGUGCGGUAGUUUGGACGGAGGUAGGCGUGCAAUUUCUCAAACUCGAAGAAGGAAGAGGCGCUUCUCAAGUUUAGUUGCCGUUGUACUUGUUCCGAUAUAUGCAAAUUGAGGAAGUUCCGGCGAGGUAUGGAAGGCAGACUCUGUCAACUUCAUACAUGUAGGUCGCCUGCUUGGCCAUUUCCCAGCAGUGAGCAUUGUCUUGGGGGGAUUACUGCACUGGCUGGUUCACUCCCGGGCUAACGCGCUGAUUGAGAGUUGAUUUCGGCUCGGGGGGGGGGAAUAUAUGGUUUGUAUUCUGUCGCAGCUGAAUGUGGUGGCGAAACAUUUCGAAGCCAAACCGACACUUAGAUUUUUUGCCCGUACUAUCGACAGAGCUAUGGCGUGCGAUUUCGCAAAUACGAAGAACGCAGGCUCGCAUGUCACGCGGCAUAUCGAGAUUUGUGUGUUUUGGAGAGCUCUAGAUGGGAGCCUGCAUUAACAUACUCAUAGAACAACGUCACCCGUUAAUGGGAAAUAAGCAAACUUUCUCCGGCAACACGCUCUUCCAAGAUGGGCUUCAAGACUACAACUGUACACUCAAACAUAUCGACCCCAUACGAUCAAAAUCUAACCGUCAUCUCGUGCUACAUGAAUACACCGGCGAGACAUCGACGAAGACCAAAAGGCUGUGCGCCAGAACAUCCAUCUAUUUCGCUCACUCCUAUCCACAAGAGGGGGGUGUACUCAUAGUCGUGCAUGCCGUAGUCGUUAGACCAUUGACCUCGCAUCCCUACAAAGCCGGGACGGAGCACGCCGGGUUCUCAC